GUAAAAAAUCACUUAACAUUAAAAAGCUUUACUUUAAAAUUCAGUGUGCGCUACAGUUUAUACGCAGAAGCUAGAGUAGGUGAUUGGCAAUCAUGGCAACGCUACCGCCACGCAAAAAUCAGACACCAACUCGUAUCUGUAAUCUUAAGCCGCACUUGACUCCACUUCAAACCCUAUUGCAAAUGGGAUUUCAAAAGCACAGAGCUGAAAAGGCUUUGGCUUCCACCGGUAAUAGGGGUGUGCAAAUUGCAUCCGACUGGCUGUUGGCGCACGUAAAUGACGCCACUUUGGAUGAGUGUGCGCCGCGUGAGUAUAUUAUAUACGUAUGUCCCACUGGACCAUUUCUGCAGCAGCUGGAAGAGUUCUGGGCAAAGUCGCGACAGAUGUGUGGCUGGAAUGGUGCCCACAACUAUGUGCCGCAUAUAACGCUUGUGUCUUUCUUCAAGGCGCCUGAUGAAUGCUCGCUGCAGUUGUCCAAGGCUUUGAAGCAGGUGGUGGACAUGACGGGCUCGCUUUUGGAUCGUCCCAUCAAAUUGGAACUUUAUACAAGUCAGAACUUCAUGGGAUUCUUUGUGGCCGAGGAUGAUGCCAAUUAUUUGAAACGUUUGGCGCUGCAAUAUGUUAAGGAGGUGUCCAACUCAAUUAUAAGUGAUACUUAUGAGCAGCUGGAUGCUAUUGUGGCUUGCUUUCCCUGGUGUGGUGCAGUUUCCUCAGGCACACGCUGCAUUCCUCGCAGCAGUCGAUCCAUAUCACUCGAGCCUCACGUUAAGAGUCUGCACCUGACGCUCGCCUAUCAGUUCCCGCAGGCACAAUUCACCGCACUGAAAUCACUUGUGGAAAAUCUUGACGCCAGCUGCGCAUCAAAUUGGGAGCUGCGCUUGUAUUCACGCGAUCCACGGCUAGCCACCAAACAAGUGCAAAAGGUUGUAUAUCCACACAAUCCACAUGAAACUGAUGAGUUGGAGCUGCGCAUUGGCGAUUACAUUUACUUAAACACAGACGGGGUGGAUAGCUCUAGUGAUGGCUGGGCCGAGGGCAUCUCUUGGCUAACCGGCGGCACCGGCCACUUGCCCGUUAAUUAUACUGAACGCACAGCAGAAUCGGAUGCGUGGACUUUGCAUCGUGUGGUGCAGCUUUCCAAAAGCGUCGCGUCCUCGCUUACUUCUGCGGAGGAUAUGGACAUUGUAGAUGGACGCAGCAUUUCCACAGAACCCGAAGAACGACAGCGUGAAUUGCAUCAAACCACGCCACAUACUGGCAUAAUUGAAGGCUCGUCCUUUGAGGAAUCAGAACAGAGUGUUGAGAAGUAUUUGCGUCAGACUUUGCAACCCUGCCUGGAGCUGCCUUCCGUGCAACUGCUGAACAAUCAUAAUUUAUCGCAGCAUCAUAAUAUACAUACACCCACAAUUGAAAUCACUGCCAAUAUGUCAUGCAGCUCAUCCAAUUCGGCUUCCAAGAAAGUGGACGAAAUCAUGGUGGAACCGCUGACAGUGCAGCCACCACGACCGGAGGACACGCUUAGUGUGCACUCAGACCACGAGCACUCGCUGCAGUCAAGCUCAACAAAGAAUCGCAAGUUGUAUAUAAUGCGUCAUGGCGAGCGUGUGGACUUUACUUUCGGCACUUGGAUACCAUACUGUUUCGAUGAGUUUGGCAAUUAUAUGCGCAAGGACUUAAAUAUGCCCAAAGUGCUGCCAAGGCGCAAAAAUUGUCCGGAAGGUUGGCAGAACGAUUCACCGCUCACCAACGUGGGUGUCUAUCAGGCAAGACUCACAGGCGAAGCGCUGCUAGAGGCCAAAAUUCAAAUCGAUCAUGUGUAUUGCUCGCCUUCAUAUCGCUGUGUGCAGACUUGUACAAGUGCCUUGGAGGGCCUCAAGAUGCUUGGCAAGCCAAAAAUUAAACUCGAGCCAGGACUGUUUGAGUGGUUGGCCUGGUAUCCCAAUGGCGUGCCCGAUUGGCUGAACAACAGUGAAUUGAUUGAGGCCAAGUACGAUGUUGACUGCAGCUAUGAACCUGUGCUAUCAGCUGCGGACUUAUCAGCGCAAUUAAAGGAAACCACGGAGCAGUUUUAUAUGCGUAAUCAUGAGGUGCUGCUACAGCUGCUUGAGCGCACUUCUGGCAAUAUUCUUGUUGUAGCCCAUGCCACCACGCUGGACACUUGUUCUCGCCAAUUAACUGGCGGUGCAGCGCGUAGUACCAAUGAAUUGCGCCAGGUUAUACACAAGAUACCCUACUGCAGUUUGGUUACUGUCGAGCAAAUCGAGGGCAAGUGGCAGCUUGUGGAGCCAGACUGCUUGCCCAUAACACACUCGAAAAAUCCGCGCUUCGAGUGGAAUGCAUUAUCGGCCACCUAGUGCUUGUGCUUGGAGCAGUUUCAGUGCAGCCAUUGAAACUGAACUGAUAGCCAAUAACAUUUGACCAAGGUAUCAAGAGAACAAUACACACCAUAGCUAUACCAUACAUACUUACCCUAUGGAUCAGAAGCCAUUGCUUUAUAUGCCACAAUUUGCGUAUGCAUAUUUAAUUUGCAAAUAUGUACUUAUAUACCAUAUAUUUACACAAGAACAUAUAUAUAUUUAGCUGAUCAAUUACAAACUUAGAUUCCCCAAGAGGCACAUUCUAGCGCUACAGUUAAACAAUAUACAAAAUCAUAUACGUCUCAUAGUUUUUAGAGAGUUUAGUUUAGUAUUAUAAAUUGUUAAAAUAAAUUAUUUAAUCACGCAC